UGUGUUUACUCGUAUCGUUUCAUCUUUAUCUUCAGUUCUAUGGACAGCUUAAAUAUCGGGCUUCUGUUUGGUCUUUGCUUAGUAAUUGUUGAAACUAUAUAAGUGCCGGUGAAUAUAUUGAUAUACGGACUCAAUUGAACAUAACGUGCUAACACACAAUAUCUGACAAAUAAAUAUUGGCUAAACAUCAGAAGAAUACCUGCCGUUCUGUGCAAUAGCUAUUCCCCAUUCAUUAAAGCCCAUUUAACAAAAUGUCAAUUUCUCGACCCGACGAUGUGUAUCACUUUCCGAACAAUCUACCCAUUGAGGUAAACUACAAAAACACGCAAACCUACUCAAAAUGUAGCUCUUAUGAUCCAAAAGUGAUGGCUCAAGGAUUUGUUUGGCAUCAAAUUGUAGUACAGCACAAUGGAAAAAUGCGUGGACGUGAUGGUAUUCAGGAAACCUUGGAUGCUAUAUUUGACGCAGUGGAAGGAGAAGAACUUUUUCCUGUCGCGUAUCGGCGCGGCUCCAAAGAAGAUCGAUUUCUUGUUCGUCAAUGUAAAGCUGCGAUAAACAAACUCUUCGAACAGAAUCUUCGCAUUCAACUCUCGGAUGCAUCUUUCGUUAAUUUGCAAGUACAAUUUAAUGUCGGUGACUUUAAAUUUGGACAAAUUUCCCCUCAUGCCAAGCUUACAGAGGCAAUAAACCGUUUGUUCACCUGUAUGGAGCGUAUUAAUGGCGUAAGCGGAAUAUUGAAUUUGAGUCGGUUUAAUGCCCAAACUGAAUUUUUCGACUUGAUUGUUAAUCUGGGCAAUCGUACAGUACUUGAAACCGUUUGCAAUUUAAUUUAUCGGAAUGAAAAAUUCAGAUUAGUGAAUGGAUUUAACCUCAGCGAAAAUGGUAUUACCUCUGUAGCGCCACUGGCGGUAUUUUCUGGAGCAUCUUUUGCAGUUUUGGAUUUAAGAAAAAAUAAAAUCAUUUCUUCAUCUCGUGUAUGCCGUGAUUUGAACGACGUGAAGGCAGACGAAUUAAUGUUAGCCGGGAACCCGGUAACGAAAUCUAGCAACUAUCCUGAGUGCAUGCGACCUGUUCUUAAAAAUUUCAAGGCCAUUGAUGGAAUACCUGCUGAGAAUUUAUCAAAAGACUAUACACCGAUGGACUACGAAGUUGACAUUGACAAAGAUGGCUACCGCGUUGAUUUUAGUAAUAAAGAAGAUAUGAUAAAGUUUCUACAUAGUAGUGAUUGGCAUGCUAUCAUGGAUAACACUGACUUAAAAAAAGAAGGCUCUUUAACUUCCCAAAAAAAUUUCCUGUGCGAUGUAAGAGGAUACGAUUUCGUCGACGAAUUUGUUCCACUAUACUUCAAGGCAUUCGAUUCAAAUGAGCGUCAAUCUUUGAAAGAACUUUAUCAGCGCAAUGCAAUGCUUACAGUUUCCUUUAAUUAUCAUAUUGCCCAAAUGACGUCGCAAAAUUUUCGACGCAUAUCCAAGUAUCGUGAAAAUAGUAGAAAUAUUUUAAAAAUGUCAGAUCUCUCUCGGGCCCACACAACUAUACAUCUGGGCUCUGACCAAAUUAUGCAAACCUUUUUGCAACUGCCCAGUAUACGACACGAUUUGUUGACUUUUAGCACAGAUACAACGAUUUACAAUGACAAAAUUAUAGUGAUAACAAUCAGCGGCGUCUUUUACGAUCAAGCACCAAGCAUGAUGGAUAAUGACAUAUUAAUGGCAUUCACGCGCAGUUUUGUACUCACACCGGUAGAAAAGCACCAAGGGAUUCUCGGCAGAGCUAUAAAGUACCAAAUUUGUAAUGAACAACUUAGUAUAUACAACCCAACGGCCCAGCAAACUAAAAAGGCAUUCAAGUAUUUUAAAACAGAGGGGCAGAACAAUGACGACGAAGUAACUGUAGCCGAUAAAGAAGCUCUCAUUAUAAUGUUUCAAGAAGUAACAAACCUCAAAUGGGUAUGGUGUACGCGUUUCUUAGAUGACGCAAAAUGGGACAUCAAAAAAUCACUUCUGCUUUUUUUAAGUUUUUGUGAGAAAAAACGGAUACCUGAUACGGCCUUCAAUUAACCUAAAUAAUACCUAAAAAUAAAUCUCUAAAAUAGUUUUCAUUUACUUAAAACGAA